AGUUAGUGUUCCUCUAAACGGCGAUCGGUCAACACCUCGUAAUGUGGCACCUCUCGGCGUUAGUUCUACUGGCCGCGGCCACCGGCAGUUGCCUCGGGGCGAACAUCUUGUACAUUGACGGUGUCGCAUCGCCUAGUCACUUUAUCUGGCACCGUUCCCUGAUGUACGGACUGGCGGCCAAAGGUCACAAUGUUACGGCACUCAGCGUGGACGUUGAGGCCAACCCUCCACCGAACGUGCAUUUUAUCAAGAUUGAGGGUGUUUAUGAGGCGUUCUACGAGGAGCAUUCGGAUGUGACGGAUUUCUUUGCGAUGGGCGAGCUGAGUCCGUUUUCGAUGCUGUCAAUGUUCAACGAAUAUAUGGUAACCGGCUGUGAGUUGGCGUUAAAAUCAAAGGGAGUGCAGGUUUUGUUAAACUAUCCUGAUGAAUUCAAGUUUGAUGUUAUUAUCAAUGAUUUCCUGGUGGGACCGUGUGUGUCUGCGUUGGCUCAGCAAAAGUUUGGACGACCUCCGUACAUUGCUGCUACAGGGUUCCACGGGUUGACAACGACGACUCCAAUAUCCGGUGCUUAUUCCUAUUCUGGAAUGAUUCCAAAUCACGAAUUCGAUGCUCCGGAAAGUAUGAGCUACCGGGAGCGCUUCAUGAACUUCCUCUACAAUCACUGGGAAGAGCUGAGCAAAACCUUCCAAGUGUACCACAAAAUAGACAAGUUGGUUCGUCAGAUUAAUCCCGACAUCCCGUAUGUAGCAGAAUUCGAAAAGGACGCCAGAAUAAUCCUAUUGAACUCUUAUCCGGUAAUUCAGCACUCGGAGCCGUCAAUGCCGAGCGUAAUUUCCGUUGGAGGAAUGCAGAUUAUUAAAUCAAAGGAGCUCCCAGAAGACUUGAAAUCAAUCGUCGAAAACGCAAAGCAAGGCGUCAUCCUGUUCUCGCUGGGCACCAACGUUCGGUCGGAUCUGCUGGGCAAAGACCGUAUUAUUGAAAUUCUCAACGCCAUGAGGAAAUUUCCGCAAUACCAAUUUCUGUGGAAAUUCGAAUCGGACUCGAUGCCGGUAGAAGUUCCAAAAAAUGUCUAUAUUCGCAAAUGGAUGCCCCAGAACGACCUGCUGGCUCACCCCAACCUAAAGCUGUUCAUCACCCACAGUGGGCUGCUCAGCACGCAGGAGGCCAUCUGGCAUGGCGUUCCCAUCAUCGGAUUCCCGGUAUUCGCUGACCAGCACAAAAACAUCAAUUACUGUGUCCAGAUGGGGGUGGCCAAGAAACUCUCCAUUUCCAAGAUCAAAAGCAACGACUUGGUCACUGCUGUCCAACAAUUAAUGACCGACCAGAGAUACCGGGACAAGAUGGCUCAGCUGUCGAAGCUGUUCCGGGACCAGAAAGAACCUCCACUGGAGCGAGCCAUCUGGUGGGUCGAGUGGGUUCUGCGAAACCCCGCGGGCAGCACCAUAUUGCAGUCCAAUGCGAUCAAUAUUAGCUGGCUUGCAAAGUACUCGUUCGAUGUGAUUAUUCCGCUCGUAAUGCUUGCGGCGGCAGUGCUGCAUGUUCUAGUGAAAGUGGUUUCGGUGGUGUUUUGCAGGAAAAAUCCAUCCAAGAAAGCCAAACGAGAAUGAGGAAGGAUGAAAUCA